AUGAAUCAACUCUAUGCUUUGUUAUUCGUGUUGCAUGUAUUUAUGCCAUGUACCGCGUAUUAUGCAUCACCGGUGGUAAAAGUCACCGGUAGAUCCCUCGAUACAAAUGCUGCGCUCAGGCAAGCAAGUGAAGCAUUGAAUGUACCACAACCUGUGAACUGGAAUACUUAUAUGGAUGCGCCAUCAACAAGUGGAUCAACUGGUGAAGCGCAAGUUGGAACUAGUACACUCAGUAACGUCAUGGCUGGUUGGUCAAUUCCAGAGCAGUUCCGUGCGCAAGCAGUGCAAGCUGUCAAUGUAUUGGUGUUAGCAGCAACAGAAGGAUCAUAUGCAGCUCAGACAUUUGUGUUUGACACUACAUCAGGCACUUCCUUAUCGACAUUGAUCAUUGUUACGAAAAAGCUUGACUUACCAGCUGAUCCAAACUCACCAGUUGCCGUUGCCUACGUAACCAUCAAUUCAAAUGCAGCUGUCAAACCGCAAUCCACACCCUACAACGAACGUAGUUGUCAUACAUGUCCGAAGUGUGUAUGGCUAUCAAAAUGUUGUUGUGAAGACGUAACUAAGUAUGCACCACGUGGUAAUACGCCAGAAGAACUGGAAAUAAUCAAAAAUAAAAUGAAAGCUGAUCAAUUUGCUUGGUUCAAUCAGCAGUCAUUUCGUCCAACAUUGAGAAAACGAGAUUUAUUACAGAAUAGUGGUAAGAAUCCAGAUACUUCUCUAGCUGCCGCUAUUGAAAAAUUUCUCUCAAGUAAUAUUGUCAAAGCUGAGGUGUUGGCAUCAUACAAUGAUUCAGUUUUAUCAGCAUUACAGUCUAGUAUAGGAUCAUUACGAUUGUCAAGUCAAUCAUUGAGAAUGACAAAGAUAGCAAGUGCAAACCUUCAAAUAGUACUAUCAACAUUAGCAAAAGAUUAUGGCUUUGAAGAUAUGUAUGAAAAUCCGCAGUAUUCCCAACAAUUACAAAAAGCACGAUUUUCAUACGAAAAUCUCUUUACUACUUCCACAAAUGACGACAAGAAACAUGUAGGUAUGAAAUACAUUUGGCUAGUUGGUCAAAGUGUUGACGAGUCAACAUAUUCGCUUAAUUUUCUUUUUGUUAACAUUACUUCCCAAGUUCUGAUCAAAACAUUAUUAUCCAAUGAUACAAAAAAUGAGGAGGCCAAUAACGAGAAUAAUGAAAAGCAAUUAAAAGUUGUUCGUAUUGCAACUUUAAGUGAUGGUGGUGAAUUCUUUAAUGAGAAUCUUCCAAAAGUGACAACACCAUGGAAAGCAACAACAACGAAAACUGCAUUGAAUAUCUUACGGUUUAUGGCUGCUAGUACACUUUAUCCACAAGAACAACGCAUGUUAUCAUAUUUUGAUACCAAACCAACUUUAGUAGAAAGAAAUCUCAAUGCUUCUGAACCACGGGUUUUUACAGACAAAAUUCUUGCUUUAUCUAAGGCAUUGUCAGCUGCUGCUGGUGCUUGGAAAGACAUUGUCAGUGCAUUCAAGUCAAGUAGUUCGACAACUAUCACACGAGUCGUUCGCUUUGGUUUUACUUAUUUUAAUCAGAGAUCGACCGUUCUGAAAGCAAUUGAUAUUCCAGCUGAAAAAGCAUCCGAAUUCAUCAAUGCCAUUACUAUUGAUUACAAUUUGCCUCCACAAGGAAGUUUUGCUCUUGGCUUAACAUAUUCAAGUGAUUUUGCAUGGGAUCGUAUUGACUAUCUUUAUUCACCUAAAAUGGAUGGACACUACCGCUCUCUCACCUUGUUCAAGAAUGGUGAUAGUCUGACCAAUACUGCUUCAUUUUUUAUUGUUGAUGUCAAUGCUGAUUGGCAAUUAGCACCUGAUCUAUUAAUAAUACAAACAUCGAAAAGUAUUCUUGGUGGACUUUUCGAAAAAAACAAGCAAUCAAUCGAAGAGGUGCCACAUGUUCUCACGUUAGAAGAAGCAUCGAAAUUACAACAGUUCUUUAUGCUUGUGGCUAUGAACAACAUAGCCUCUACAUUAGGUGUACCUACACAACUUCCAGAACUGAAUUAA